AUUUCAUUUUCGCAACAAAUGAUACCUAACUUACAGUUAUUUCUUUCAUUAAUACUAUUCGGCUUAUUAAAUCAUGUAUCUUCAAUUGACUAUGAAGAAAUACACAUCGAAGAUUCAUAUGAAACAAGAUCACGUAUUCUAAUGGUUGAUGGAAAUGUGUGGUUGCAUGCCGGAAAGGAUAAAAAUAUAACGUUCAAAACGACUGGAAAUGGAAGAAUAUAUGUGGACGAAACAGAUGUUUCCAAACUUCCAGAUAUUGCAUCUUUCAAGCAACUUGUUGGACGUAUUGAGAACACUUCUCAAAUGUUCACCACUUUGAAAAGUCGCCAGGACACGCAGACUUCUGCAAUGAGAGUGGUUUUAAAUUCUGCAAAACAUUAUCUAGUAGCGCUUCGAAAUAUGACACUCGAAGUGAAUAUCUUGAAGAAGUGGAAAACUGAUAAAAUGGCCAGAGACAUGAGGAGACGGGGAUUAUUGGUGAAAAUGACACGUCAAAUCAUAGGAAUCAACAAAUUGAUAGCAAUAAACGCGUGCGAUCCGAACAAAUGUAGUAAUGGAGGCACAUGUAUCCCAUCUUUUGGCGCCAAAUUCACUUGUCUUUGUCCUCCACAUUUCACCGGUACAACUUGUGAAGCUGACAUCGAUGAAUGCUCAGUAUACAAUGGUACAACUGCUGGAUGUCAGAACAAUGGAACAUGUAUCAAUAACCGUGGCGGAUUUGAAUGUCAGUGCCAAUCCGGAUAUCAUGGAUCUCUUUGUCAGUAUCAUAUGUCCGCUUGCUCGAAAACUUUUGAAUUGUGUGGUCCACAUGGGCAUUGUAUUGAGAGUAUUGUGGAUCCAACUGGUCAGUCAUCUUCCGAUACAACUACGUACAAGUGUAUUUGUGAUUGGGGUUUCAAGGUUUCAAGUGAUAAGAACAAUCCAACGUGUGUUGAUGUCAAUGAAUGCGAAUCAAAUCCAUGUCAUCCAGGAGUUGAUUGUAUUAAUUUGCCUGGAUCGUUUGUGUGUUCCGGAUGUCCAAAAGGAUAUAAAACCGAUGGAAAUGUUUGUAUUGAUGUCAACGAAUGUGAAGGUGAAAUUCGUGUAUGCUCUCCGCUUUCAAAAUGUCAUAACACUCUUGGCAGUUAUUAUUGUGAUUCGUGUCCGACUGGAUACUCCGGCGAUGGAGGAAAUUGUGUGAAAGAUGAUAGUUGUGUCAAAAACAAAUGCCAUAAAUUAGCAACAUGCAAGGUAACUGACGACGGAUACAGUGCUGUUGGAGACUACACUUGCUACUGUCCAGAUGGAUAUGUUGGUGACGGAAUUGGAGAGGAAGGAUGUGUUAAGUCAGCAAGUAACGUUUGCCAGAACCACAAUUGUGUUAAUGCUGGGAAAUGCAAGCCAACAAGCGACACCGAAUAUAAAUGUGAAUGUGAAGCUGGUUUUCUUGGAAAGUUCUGUGAGAAAACAUCACCGUGCCAAACGAAUCCUUGCAAAAAUGGAGGAACUUGUAUUGCCGUUGAAAAUUCUGCUUAUUGCGACUGUCCAGAGCACUUCUUUGGUAGGGCAUGCGAAGAAGAGGAAGAACACUGUGGCUCUCACUUCACUCAUUCGAGCGGAAAUUAUACAUUCGACCUACAACGAUCGAAUAAAACGGAACUGUCCAUAUGUGAUUUCGUCUUCAAUAUUCCUGCUGCAAACUCUGCAGUUGUAAUGACUUUCACAGAAUUUGAUAAAUUUACGCAAGAAGGAUCAGGACCUACAGAUUGUGCCAAAACUGAUGCGAAUUUGACAUUAUACGAUGGACCAGAAGACAGUUCUUCUGAGUUUGCAACAUUCUGUGGAGAUUCACACAGUGUUCACGCACCGCUGAGUGACACUCCAAUCACAAUGACUUCAACAGGAGCAAUGCUGAGAUUUAGAGGAACCCAAGGUUCUUUUACUAUCAAAUGGGAAACCGUUGAAAGAAAAUGCGGGUACCGUAGCUCAAAACCAGAAGGAAUAAUCUCCGUCCCACAAAACCACCAAGACAUUGUCUGUGAAUGGUUUAUUUCGGCUCCCGGUGGGAAAAUAAUCGAAGUCACUAUUCCUCCAGUUUCAAUGCAUUCAAAAGACAUUGAAAAAUGCGAUCAAAACUCUUUGGAAAUAUACGAUGGUUAUGCUACAUAUGAUAAACAUCGUAUUCUUGAAACAUGUUCAUCUACUCUUGAAUCCCAAGUCGUUAGAACUACUGGACCAUUCCUCACAGUUGCAUUCAUCAGUAAUAUGCUACAAAGUGAUGCGGGUCUUGAAACGAUCCGUGGAUUUGUUUUAAAAUACAAAUUCACCACACCAGAUAGGGAAUGUGGAGCAGAAAUCGAUAACGAUUCAAAUGAUUUCUCAUUUUCUGGUGUCAUUGAAUCACCCAACUACGGUAGUUUGUAUCCGCCAAACAUGGAUUGCACAUGGAAAAUUAAUGGAACACUUAGCAAUGGAUCAUAUAGUGGAGAUAUGGUAUUGAAACUGACGUUUGAUGAAUAUGAUGUCAAGUCUGGAUUUAGUGCCAAUGGGCCGGGAAUGCAUUAUCGUUCAUUCCGCAGACUUCUGCCGAGAAAUGAAGUGGAGUAUGGAAUAGCUCCUGGGUUUUCACGAGUUUUCGCUUACCGAAAUCUUUUUGAUAUGGGAACUUGCACUAAUGAUUUCUUGAAAAUUCACGACGGAGAUGGAACAUUGGUUCAAGAGACUUGUAAUCCCAGAAGACCUCCAAAUGUUUUGACAGUCAAUAAUCCAGCUGCAGUUCUUACAUUCCACUCAGAUUCAGCUGAACAAGGAAAAGGGUUUAGAAUUCAAUAUGAAAUGUUAUGUGAGAAACGAGUGAACGGAAAUGGAACAAUUCAAACUUGGAAUUUCCCGAAUGGAGGUGCAGCUGGAACUUGCACCUACAUAAUUGAGGCCCCAAAAACUCAUGUUAUUAGUGUUAGAUUCUUGACAAUUGGGCUAAGAGUACUUCCAAUGUCUGAGUGCUUUUAUACUCCCAACGCUGUGGAAACUUAUGAAAAUUAUGUAGAGUUUUCCGGUGGCAGAACCGACAAUGCUUUGUUCAACCGCCGAUACGUUUGCGCUCGUUACCCAUUUGUCGAAGGAGCGUGGAUGUCAGUUUCAGCAGCUCGCCGACUACAAAUUAAGGUUGGAAGUGAUGGAAAUCCAAUGUUCAAGGGACUAAGUCUGGAGUACAAGACUUCUGAUGUUGGAUGUGGUGGAGUAUUCUCAAGUAUGACUGGAACUAUAUCUUCUCCAAACUAUCCAGAAAAAUAUCAACCACAUAUGCACUGUGUCUAUAACUUAUAUGUUUCAUGGUCCAAGACUGUAAAACUUACAUUUGAUGUUUUUGAUCUUGAAGUCACCCCUGCGAAAAGUUGUGAAUACGAUCGAGUGGAAAUUUACACAAGUUAUCACAAUGAGACAGUUCAUGGAGAAUUACUCGGAAAGUUUUGUGGAGCAAUGAUUCCUCCUUCUAUAUACAGUACUACUAACACAAUGGCAGUUGUGUUUGUUUCUGAUAGAUCGGUUGCUGGACCAGGAUGGAAUGCCAAAUUUGAAGCAGUUUCAAGGAAAACAACGUGUGAUUUCACAUUGACAGCUCCCAGCAAUAAUCUUAUAUUUGAUCCUCAACAACUCAAAUUCGACAAAUGCACGUAUCACAUUGCUGUCCAUGAGAACCAAAGAAUACUGAUUAAAAUGAAUAAUAUGUCACUUCCAUGCGACAAGAGCAGUUUAAUGUUUAGAAAUGGACCAUCAGAAACGUCUCCACCGUUUUCAUCGCUUCCUCCAGAAUCAGAAAUCUGCACUCCAAAAGUCAACUAUAUGCCUGUCAUAAGAUCAUUCAGCAAUCGGGUUACAAUUGUUUACAAGUCAAUUAAUUCAGAAGGAUCCUUCUUCAAUUUGACAUAUGAAACUAUUACAUCGGGUUGUGGUGGUCGUGUUGAUGGUUUGACAGGAAUUGUUUCUGCUCCUCAAUACCCACUCGGAGACAAGAAAAACUUGAAAUGCGAUUGGACAGUCGCAGUUGCACUUGGAAACAAAGUUAGAUUUGCUCUAACCGCACUUGAUGACUUGAACUCGUCUGAUUCAGGUGGAUUCUGCCCAUUGUUUGCUGCAAAUAGAAUCGACUUUUUUGACUCUGCACUCCAAGGAAAUCAACACCUAAAACGAUAUUGUGCGAAAGAAAUGGCUUCUGAACCGAUUACAUCUGACGAUAAUGAACUCAUUAUUAAAUACGUUCAAAGUGGUGGAUUCCAAUCGAAGAAAAUAUUUGGAUUUUCUGGACAUUUUACGACUCUUUGCAACGGUAUUGUUCAUGAAGCAAUAAGUGGAAGUAUUCAAAGUCCUGGAUAUCCUUAUAAAGUCUACUCAAAUCAGUUCUGCACCUGGACAAUAAAAGUUCCAAAAGGAAAUCGUAUUGUAGCAACUGUUCAUCAUUUUUCAAUCUCACAGAAAAGUUAUUUCGAGGGAGGAAUCAAUUGUAUAACGGACAUGCUGAAAGUCGAUGACACGGAUUUAGCAGAAGCUGAAGUUACCUUCAAAAAGACUGAUUACAAUAUCACAAAUUCAGUGAAUAAGUAUUGUGACAAAGCAAUUCCAAGAGUAAUCCGUUCCAGACAUAAUUCUAUGAAACUGACGUAUUCAAGUCAAGGAGAUCCUACAAAUCAAUUCUGGCUCAGUUGGAACACUCUCGGUUGUUCAAGAGAUAUAACUGCACCACAACAAUUAAUAAUAACGAAAGAAAAUAUUGAUCCAGAAGUUGACGAGUUUGAAUGUCAAUAUAAAAUCCAAGCGCCAAUCGGAAAACAGAUUAAUCUGAAAAUUGACAAGAUGGAUAUUUUACCGAUUGGAACAAACUGUACAUACACCAAGGAUUUCAGCGGUUUUGCUAUUUUUAUGAGUGACAGUAAUAAGUCAGGAACUCCAUUCCAAACAUACUGUUCGUCUAUAAACCAACAAAAUAUCUCCUCGCAUACCAAUGAAUUGUUCCUUUUCCUUUCGAUGAAAAAGGAUAAACUUAAGACUAAUGUAUUCUUUAAUGCCACAGUUGAAUUUGUUGAUGUCCCACAAUCAUCUCAAUCGGAUAUAUGCGGCCAGGUCAUAAAUCUGGAGCGAGGAAAAAAGAACUACAUAACAUCUCCUGGAUACCCUUCGGCAUAUCUUCCUGGAAUCAAGUGUAACUUCUUAAUAAACGCACCACCCGGCUAUCAUAUAGAGUACGCUCUCGAAAAAUACUAUUCUCCGUAUUAUCAUGACGAUCGAAAAACUGAUAAGCCGAGAUUUAUGUCUCCAUAUACUGCGAACUAUACAUGCAAAUGGUAUCUAGCGUACAAUGUUGGAAUGCUUUCAUUCUAUGAAGGAAACUCAUCAAGUUCUAGUCCUGUCGAAAGAUUAUGUGAUGAAUCAGACACAGUUCAAACGUUUGAGUUGUAUGCCAGUCAAUCAUUGGUUAUUUUUGAAGGAGCCAGCAAUUAUAUGUCACAAAAAAGUGGAGAAGGAGUUCGUGAUCAAAUUGGAUUUGUUUUAUCAAUGAUUCCAAAGUGUGGUGGAGUUGUGUACGCUGAAUCGAAGCCUCAGACAAUAUCGCUUUAUCAUGAAGGUGAAGGUAUUUGUAAUGUAACAAUUAAAAAGAAGGAUCCACAAGAUUCUGAAAUCAAUAUUCGUCUGGAAGAAUACACAAAGCUCAAUUCUUCAUCCACUCAUACAAUUGACGAUAGAAUUGAUAUUUAUGUGGGCGGUGUGUUGAAGUACACAGAAAUGCUAAAAGCAACAGACAACACAAUGCAAGAGUACGCUUCUGAUGAAGAAAUGAUGAUCAGUGUUCAAAAUGCAAAUGCUCCACACUCUGCAAUCAUUGUUGUGAGCACUGAUGAUAAAAGUUGUGGAGGAGAAGUUCGACACUCUCAAGGAACAAUUUAUGCACCAACACGGCGGCUUGAUAAACCAUUCGACUGUGGUUGGGCUAUUUCUAAUAGUAACGGAAAUACAGUCACUCUUAGCAUUUUGGAUCACAAUUUGAAAUCAACACCUAACUGUACAGAUUCGUACAUUGAGAUUCGAGCCAACAACUCAUCCGGAAAGCUCAUCAAACGCCAAUGUGAUAUAUCUUCGAUCGAUUCAACGGAAUAUGAAUCCCAAUCGUUGUAUGUAUUCUUGAGAUACCGUCCAUCUGCUUCAGAUGGAAAUGAUGAUGAUGAUGAUACCCCUGACAUUGACCAACAGGAUUCAAAUAAACGACCAUUAUUUAAAGCAAGAUAUGAAAAAGUAUCUGGUGGUAGACCAAAAAGUCGAUAUGUUUCCAGUCCAAUGAUUGAUAAUACGGAAAUGAUGGUAUGGACAUUGGAUAUUGUUGAUGAAAAAGCUGGAAUACUUGUGAAGUUUAUUGAUUUGUAUCUUCCAUCUCCAACUUCAUAUCUUCGAUUCACUGAAUCGGGAGAAAAUGAUGACGUAGCAAGUUCCGAUUAUGAAGAAGUAACUGGAGUAAUGGCUCCAGCUGAAAAGUUCUUCGAGACGAACCUGAUUCGAGUUUAUGGAAAAUUGGAGAAAUCGGACAAAUUCUCUUUCACGUGGGAUCCUGUUCCUCUGAAUUACAGAAAUUUGACUUUAGCAAAGGAUAAGCCAGCAAAAGUAUAUGAUUGCGGUGGUGACCUAACUCCAACGUACGAAUGGGACUAUUUUACCAAUCCUCUGCCAGCUGGCCAAUCUUUUGGAUAUGAAGAAAAUCUACACUGUCGAUGGAUUAUUAGAAGACCAAUGUUUACUGGUAUUGAGUUGAAAUUUGACUAUCUCGAAUUAGAAGACGUUCAAAAUUGUGCUUUUGAUUUUGUUUCUUUCCGGCUUCAAUUUGAUGAUCAACCAGAAGAAAAUGAUGAUGUUGACCUUUCGAGCGUGUCAAAGCACUGUGCACUUGUUCGGUCCAACAACACUUUCAAUUUUUCUGUGAAUAGAGCUCUUCAUAUUCAUUUUGUAACCGAUAGAUCAAGGCAUGGUAUUGGAUUCAAAUUGAAGUACCGUUUAACUUGUAAUUCAUUUGAGCAUAUUCGACCUGGAAUCUUCUUUGAACACACUCUAACAAGUCCAAACUACGAUGGAAACUUUCACACUCCUAGUGUUUGGAAAUGCCAAUAUUCUCUUAUAAUAGAGUCAAAUCGGAAAGUUUCUGUGGAAAUUGUGGAUUUGGACAUUCAAGAAAACUCCCCAUGUUCUUAUAACAAUGCACUUAUUCUUGGAAAUCGAUUCUCUGAACUUGUGGAAACACACAGUCAGUAUUCCAAAUCUUCAAAGUACUGUGGUAAAUUGGAACAAGGAGAACGUCUUAAUUUCACAAGUGCACGCGGAAGACUCUUCAUCAAAUACAAUUCUGGACCUAAUUCACGUAAAGGAUUCAAAAUGAUAAUCAAAGAACAGCUAACAGAAUGCCCAUCUGGAGUAUUGCAUGUUGAUGAUAAUUCACCUUCCCGAGUACUCAACUCUCCGGAAUUCCCGCAGCGUAUUCCAAAUUCUGUUGAAUGUGAAUAUGUGAUGGCUGCUCCAAAUGGACACCGACUAAUGCUCACGUUCGAUUCAGAAAAUUUCGAUAUUGACGGUAACCAGAAAAAUUGCGAUCUUCUUGACUACAUUGAAAUCCGUGAUGGUCCAACUGUACAUUCUGAAGUUAUCGGAAUUUAUUGUGGUAAUCAAGCGCCGUCAACUAUUUUCUCAACAACGAAUUUCCUGUACAUGAAGUUACAUACUUCUGAAUAUGGAAAAAGCCGGAGAUUUGUUGCAACCUAUGGGAUCGCAACUUGUGGAGGAACAGUAAUGGUUAGAGAAAAUGUUACAACACACAUCACAUCUCCAAGUUUCCCAUAUCCUUUCGCAACGCCUGUUCAAUGCCAGUGGAAUGUCAAGAGCCCAAAUACGCAUAUGAUUGAAGCAAAAGUAGAUCAUGUUUGGUUGUUCUAUAAUCCAAAUUGUACAAUGGAGCAGCUUAUGAUUCGAGAUGGAAAUUCGACUGCAAACCCAUUGAUUGGUCCAGUUUGUGUUCCGAGACAUGCUCCAGAUGUAUUUACUAGAAGUGCUUCUAAUCAAAUUACUGUUCAAUUCACAUCAAAUUCUACGACUACGAGAGGAGGGCGACAAUACUGCAGCAAUAAGAAAUGCGGAUUUGAUGUUGCUGUAACAAUGAGCGGUGAAAAAUGUGGAGGCCGUAUCACUAAUUUAAUUGGAACUUUAACUCCACCUGGUUAUCCAGGAAAGCUUCUGUCACAUGUAAAGUGUAUUUGGGAUUUCAAGAUGAAACCAGGAUUUAUUUAUCGAUUUAAAAUCACGUUCCCUGGUGCUAAUGCAUAUCAUAAAUUUGACAAUCAAGUAUUUAGGAUUGCCAAACAACACUGUUUCCCGGAUGUUGCCGUUGUUGAAGGAUUCCCACCAUACGAUGGCGCUCAAUAUUCAACUUAUUUCUGCAAGAAUGAAACACAAAUCACUUCGAUAACAGAUACUAUUCGAAUUGUUUAUGAUGAUUCUCAUACAAGAGAAAUGAUCAGUGCAAUCGGAAAUGAUCAACCAUUAAAUAGUACAUUCUACGCACCAUUCACAAUUGACUACAUGGCAAUACCAGCAAACAGUGAAAAUCAAGGAUGCACACUUCAGAUUAAUAAGAAUUUAACCACAGAGUUCCAUUUAAGAAAUAAAGUAAACGGAAAAGGUGUUGGAUUGGAUUCAUUCUGUCAUGUUUCAAUUGAAAAACCUGCCAAUUUUGAAAGUGUUCACAUUGAAAUAUCGGAUUAUAAAGCUGACUCAGAAUUGCAACCAGCGGGAGCUAAAUGCUUUUCUUGGGGAGCUCAUUUGAAAAUUAAAUCCGAUGAACCUGUUCCAAUUGAAACGACAGUUUGCGAUGGAAAAUCAAUGAAGAAUAAACAAUCAGAAAUGAUAUAUGUAAAUCCACAAAUCGACCUGUUUAUAUCACAGCUUUUCCGUGAUCAAGAAGGUCAACAAUUCAAUCUAACAAUUGAAUUCCAAAAAUGUGGAGGUGUCAUCUCCUCGCCAAACACUGGAGACAUAACGAGUCCAAACUUUGGAUCUGGUCUUAAAUAUCUUCCAGGAUCAAAAUGUCGUUGGGUUCUAGAAGCACCGGAAGGCCAAAUUGUAAAGGUUAAAAUUGUCGAAAUGCAAAUAGCGUAUGACCAUGAAUGCGAGAACGAUCAUCUGAUUAUUGGUGAGGGACGACAGGCAGAUGUCAACACAAUUCAUAAAUAUUGCCACAAAAUGGACGGAGAACAGGAACAGAAACUGGAGGAUCGUUUCAAAAUUAUCAAAAGUCAUGGAAGAUAUCUUACUCUAAUAUGGGUUACUAACAUGAAGUAUGAAGAAGCUGGAUGGAAGAUUCAGUACGAAUUUUUAAACGAAAAUGAGGAAUGCGGAUAUCAUACAUCUGGAAUGUCCGGAACAAUUUACACUCCAAUGUUUGGGGAUAAAGAUUAUGAAAAUGAUUUGGAAUGCGUUUGGGAUAUUCAAGUGCCACUGGGAUAUCACAUUAAUUUGAAGUUCAAAGAUUUUGAUGUAGAAACGGCUGAGAACUGCGCAAAGGACCAGCUUCUGAUUUCCCAAGAGCACUCAACUCGUGCCAAUUCACCAAACGGAGACUACUAUUUCCUUUUCCAAGAUGAAGAAAAAGAAACACCACUUUGUGGAAUUGAGCACCCGAAAGAUUUUGAAUCCGAAUCAAAUCGAGUUCGUCUCAACUUUACAACAGACUCUCAGACUACAGCAAGGGGAUUUAGAGUUAAUUGGGAAGCUGAAUGUGGAGCAAUUUAUCGACUAAACCAUGGUGUUAUAACAUCUCCAUAUUAUCCAAAUGGAUACCCUAAUGACAUCACUUGCACAUAUCUCAUUGCCCCUCCUGAUCAAAAUUCCGUUAUUGCAAUCAAAUUUGCAGACUUUGAUUUAGCUACGAUGAGAACAUCUUUCGGGCGUGCGCCUUGUGAAGAUGACUAUCUUCAAAUCAUUGAUACUGGUACGGACAGAGUUCUUCAUACUUUUUGUGCGAGCGAGCCAAUGCCUAAGGAUGCAUUAGUGUUUAAAGGAGCAAUUGGUUUGAAGUUUGUGAGUGACAAAUCAUAUUAUUGGAUGGAAGAAGAUAAUAAAUAUGGCAGAAAAGGAAGUAAAGGUUUCCAAUUGGCAUACUCAAUAAAUAAAUGCGGCGACAACAUUGAACUACGCGAGGGAACUGGGUUUAUCACAACAGUAACAAGUCCAGCUUUCCCUCUUCCGUACACAAAAGACCUGGAUUGUGUCUGGAAUAUCACAACUGAUCCAAAUCGUCAAUUGAACAUUCGUUUCGAGGAGAUGAAAUUAGAAGCAUUUCAUGAUUGUUCUGCCGAUUAUAUUGAAUUUUUUGACUCAUCCGACAUUAUGGCUAACAAAACCCUUGGGAAAUUCUGUGGAACAAUGGACAAAAUUCCUCAAUACCGCAUUGUAACAAGUGGUCCAAACCUGUUGAUUCAUAUGAGAACUGAUUUCAAUGUGAACAGUGGAGGAUUCAAAUUGGCUGUUAUAUCAUCUCUUGGUCAAAAAGAGGGAUGUGGAGGCAAACUGACAGCAACAACAAGUUGGCAAACACUCACAAGUCCCAAAGACGAGGAUGGAAACUAUCCACCUGCAUUGCUUUGUGGAUGGACAAUCAGUGGACCCGUUGACUCACAGCUUCAGAUUCGAAUCGAUGGAGUUGAUACCGAACAAUUGGAGUAUCCUCCUGGAGAUCGACCAAGCCCUGAAUGUAUUGAUGCCUUGGCGAUUUAUGAUGGACAGGAGUUCUUCUCACCUCUUCUAGCUGGUGACAUUUGUACAUCUGGAACACCUCUUCCAAAAAUAUUGUACACAUCCCAUCGGCACGCAUUUAUUACUUUUGAAACUGAUAGAGAUGGAACUGGUAGAGGAUUCAAUAUUUCGUAUUCAAUAGUUGACAGUGAUUGCGGAGGAUGGUUGAAAGCAACAAAUGAGAUAAAAACAUUAGUUUAUAAAGGAAUUACCUCAGAUGACAACAAGGAAAUGAAUAAGGAACGCUCACAUCAACGGUGCCGUUUUAUGAUUCAAGGACCAAAGACAGAACCUGUUAUUGUUAACUUUCAACAGUUCAAUAUUCCUUCGAAAGCCGGCGACUGUUCUGAUUCCUUUGUUGAAAUUCGUGAUGUAGGAUCUUUACAAGAGUGUAAACAUCCAGCAUGCGCAAGAGAGCCAAACCAAAGAAAAAUUACUAAAUUAUGUGGAACCCAUGUUCCGACUUCUCAUGUCUCAAAUACGAAUACCAUACAGAUCAUAGUGUCCGCUGAUAUAAUGCCAAAUAAGAAUCAAUCACGACCAUCACUCAAAUUUGAAUAUAAUAUUUUAGAUUCUUGCAAUCGCACAAUUGACACAAAUACAAUUAAGUCUGGAAGACUAACAAGUCCAAACUAUCCACAGGUUUACUCUGAAAACAGUACUUGUGUUACAAACUUGCAGUCAUCUAAUCAAAAAAUGCUUUUAGUUUUCAACGAUUUUACGCUGGAAGAGCCAAACAAUGUUAACAAAAAUUGCGAUUAUGAUUAUCUCAUGCUGAAAGAAGGUGACUCUAAUGGAACGUACUAUUGUGGAUCAACUCUACCAAAAGCCCUAAUGACUUCGGGAAAAGAUUUGACAGCUUUAUUGAAAUCAGAUCAUUCAUUGAAUCAUGCAGGAUAUGAUGCAUCUUACUACACAGUUGUCAGUGAAAGAGAUGAUCAGAUUCAAUUUGCUGAUUCGUAUGAGUUGGAAGGAGUCAUUUCUAGUAUUGGAUAUCCAAACGGCUAUAACAAGUCGUAUACUCAAAUUUUCACACUUCGACCUCCUAACAGCCAUGAUUGCUCAAUUAUCUUUACCGAUGUAAGCAUUUCGAUGACACAAUUGCCAGAAGAAUGUUUCCAACCGACAGAAGAAUAUUUAGAAAUUGAAGUUAAAUUCAAGACUCAAGUGAAAAAAGCUAGAAUUCGUAGCUGCACUUUUGCCCUCAAAAAAGCACGCGAGCUGAUUUUAGAGGCUGAUAACAAUGACAGAUAUAUUAAAUUCGCAUUCAAAUCGGACGCUAAAUCAGAAAACGAUGGUCGUGGUUUCAAGAUUAGAUGGAAAUGUCAUAGUAUUGGAAAAACACAAGCAGUUUUGCCUUCUUAAAUAUUAAUUUUAUAUUUAUUAUUGCAUGAAAAUAAACUUUCCCUUAACUUAUAG